AUGUCUACGACAACAGUCGUUCAAACCGUCCACGGGGUGAGCGAUCCAGAACACAUCGAGCUGCAGUCGGAUCCACGAAGCCCAAGCCCCGCAUUACAGGCAAGCGUAGCAAGCGUACCUAGUCAUGACCUUUUGUUGAACAAGAAGAACCUCAUAAAGAUCUUGACAGUUGGCUUUUCGUUUGUUUUCGCCGGGCUGAACGAUGGCAGCUUGGGAGCUUUGACUCCCUACAUUCUCCGUACCUAUCACGUAGGUACUGAGUAUGUGGCUUUGAUCUACGCUGCCAGCUUUUUCGGCUGGUUGCUGGCUGCAGCGACCAACAGCCACUUGGUCCACCAGUUCCAACUAGGAGCCAUUCUCUGUAUCGGAGCAGUCCUGCAACUUGCCGCCCAUCUCCUUCGCUUUUGGACACCACCCUUCGGGCUCUACGUGGUUACCUUCUUCCUACAAGCUGCAGGCAUGGGCUACCAAGACAGCCAUUCAAAUACCUUUGUUGCAUCCGUCAAAGGUGGCCAUCGGUGGCUGGGCUUCAUCCAUGCCAUGUAUGCGCUCGGUUGCCUCAUCGCUCCAUUCGUCGCCACUGCACUUGCUGCUAGGGUCGGCGGACGAUGGCCUCUCUUCUAUCUCUUCCUUGUCGGCGUUGGAUCCAUCAACGUUGUAGCCGUACUAACCGUCUUCCGCGAUAGCCUGAAGGUUCGAGACAAUGCACCUCCACCGGAGCAAAACCAAGAGGUAGUCCACAGUCGCAGCAACUUAGCAUCCCGCGAUAUCCUUGACACCCUCAAAUCUCCGCCUGUCUAUCUCCUCUCAAUGUUCUACUUCUUCAUGUUGGGUGUAGGAAUAACCGCUGGUGGCUGGAUCGUUGAAUACCUUGUAUCCGCCCGAGACGGAAAACUCCCCGACGUCGGAUAUGUCCCCGCUGGCUUCUGGGGUGGCAUCUUUUUGGGAAGAGUUCUCCUUGCUGAGCCCACGCACCGUUUCGGGGAGCGCAGGAUGGGUAUGGGGUAUUGUUGCAUGAUCCUGGCGUUCCACCUCAUUUUCUGGCUGGUGCCCAAUCUUGUCAGCAGUGCUGUAUCAGUCUCGCUCUUAGGGUUCUUCUAUGGGCCGUUGUUCGCUUCUGGCAUGUCCAUCGCCUCGAAAACAUUCGAGAAGCGGAUACAUGCAACUGCCAUGGGGCUGAUUUUCGUACUUGCCCAGGCGGGAGGGUCGUUGUUCCCUUCGCUCACUGGUGUCAUUGCGAGUCGAUCCGGUGUCAAGGUCAUGCAACCGAUUUUGGUUGGCCUGAUUGUUGCUAUGGGGGUCUCGUGGGCGCUGAUACCGAAGGUACCGAAACGUAACGAGUAG